UAGGUGGGGGGAGGUCGGCUUUUGAUUAGUUAAAUUAAAAUAAAAAAAAAUCCUGAUCAACCGAUUCGACUCACCGAGUCGAAGGACAGAUUCAACUCGCUCGAGAGCUAUACAAGUUGGUUUCUUUUUUUUCUUUUUUCAAAUAACAUUUUUCAAAUAACAUGUUUAUUUUUUGCUUGGUUGGGUCAAGGUCAGGUGUAAAGGAGAAGAGAGAGAGAGAGAGAGUGUUGGAAGUUGAAACACCCCCUUUGACCAUAAUGAAAGCGUUUAUACAAAACUCUCUUCAGAUCUGAGAGGGGCUUCUCUCAGUCUCUGUCCGCGUAUUCUCUCCGGCGUCGUUUCAUGAUCUGACUUUGGUCUUUUUCUUCUCCCCUUUUUUUUUUGCUUCUUUUACUUUGGUCACAGUUUCUUCUCAACAUGCCACGCCCUUUCUUCCACAAGUUGAUUUUCUCAUCCACUAUCCAAGAAAAACGCCUGAGAGUUCCAGAUAAGUUUGUGAGUAAAUUCAAGGACGAGCUAUCCGUCGCAGUUGCACUCACGGUACCUGACGGCCACGUUUGGCGUGUAGGACUAAGAAAAGCCGACAACAACAAAAUCUGGUUUCAAGAUGGUUGGCAAGAGUUUGUCGACCGUUACUCAAUCCGCAUUGGCUAUCUCCUCAUCUUCAGAUACGAAGGCAACUCUGCCUUCAGCGUCUACAUAUACAACUUAUCACACUCCGAGAUCAACUACCAUUCCUCCGCUCUCAUGGACACCGCACACACCCACCUCAAACGCGCCCGUUUGUUUGAAGAUCUUGAAGACGAAGACGCUGCCGAGGUUGUUUAUCCUUCUUCCUCAGUGUAUCCGUCAUCACAACAGCAUCCUGAAGUUACUGUAGCCGCUAUUAAAGGGUACGCUAGCCCAGCUAUCCAGAGCUUCUUCGCUGGACCACCUGUUAAAGCUGAAGAGGCGACACCGACCCCUAAAGUUACUAAGAAGAGAGGGAGGAAGAAGAAGAACGCUGUUCCUGAGGAAGUAAACUCAUCUGCUCCGAGGGAUGAUGACCCGGAGAGCCGUUCAAAGUUCUACGAGAGUGCUUCUGCGAGAAAGAGAACGGUGACUGCAGAGGAAAGAGAGAGGGCCAUUAAUGCAGCCAAAACGUUCGAGCCAACAAACCCUUUCUUCAGAGUUGUUCUUCGACCAUCUUAUCUAUACAGAGGCUGCAUCAUGUAUCUGCCUUCUGGUUUUGCUGAGAAGUACUUAAGUGGGAUCUCGGGAUUCAUCAAGGUCCAGCUCGGGGAGAAACAGUGGCCGGUGAGAUGCCUCUACAAAGCAGGGAGAGCCAAGUUCAGCCAAGGGUGGUACGAGUUCACCCUGGAGAACAACCUAGGAGAAGGUGACGUCUGCGUGUUCGAGCUCCUCAGAACCAGAGACUUCGUCCUGAAAGUAACGGCCUAUCGGGUCAACGCAAUCUAGUACUAGUAGUUUACUUCGGUGUGACUGAUCGAUCUGCAGUGUGGGGAGAUAUCAAACUGCAAUUCCGUGUAGGGUUUUCUUAAUUUUAAAACAACUAAACUCUCUUGCUCUCUAUUUAUGUGUCAGUUUUUUUUCUCGAUGUGGAUAAGUUUGUUUUAUGAUUUUUAUCAUAAUAUGCAACCUCUGGAGUGGAA